AUGCAAAUAUUAGUAAAAACACUAACAGGAAAAAGACAAUCAUUUAAUUUUGAGCCUUCCAGUUCCGUUUUGCAAAUAAAGAUGGCUAUUGAAGAAAGAGAGGGCAUUGAUGCGAAACAAAUAAGACUUAUAUUCUCAGGGAAACAAAUGCACGAUGAUAUGAAACUAAGCGACUACAGAGUUAUACCUGGCUCAACAAUUCAUAUGAUUUUACAACUAAGGGGUGGAACAAUUUGA